UCAGCCUUACCAACUUGAUCCUUAUCUUCUCAACCCUUCUUUCGCUGUUGGGUAUUACACUCAGUCUCACAUCCUUUGAUAACCACCCUUUGUCACGAUGCUUUACACGGAACAGCCUACACCUCCUUUCAACUCGCCCUAUCAAACGCAUGCGUCACGGGAGGACUCCUUGCUUGAGGCACCCUACCUAUCACCAAGCCAGCAUAACUCCAUGUCAAGAUAUCCGCAAGGCCUCGGACUCUAUAAUUACCAUCACCAAGCCCCAACAACGCUGCCUCCGUCGCCAUCGCCCUCAGAGCCCUGGUCCGGUCACGUCUCAACUGGCGCAUCCCCCAUUAUGACACAGGCAAUUGCAGACCCAUACGCGUCAGGCGCGUUCGAUCACCCAAUCAUACGCUCUCCCCAGCCUUGGGACGGCUCACAGCUCUCGCCUCGAUCGUCCGUCUCGUCUGCGACAAUGGUGUCAGUUCACUCUCAUCCUGGAUCUAACAAUGCCUAUCACGAGAUGACGACUGCAAACUUUGGAAGCCAUAGUUGGAGUCAUGACGCACGCUACACGCACAACGAGGGAACACUGCCCUUGUCGCGACAUUGCCCACUGAUUGUUGUUCCUGAGAGGCUCAACAAUAACGUCUUUCCUUACGACAACCCCUAUGAUGCGACACAAAUUCCAAGGAUGGAGCCUACUCUUGCGAUGGAAUACGAUGACCAAGCAUACCUUCGGGCUUCUAGCGAAAUGAGCAGUGCAUCUCGCCCAGAGUAUCCCCAGACUCCUGCUCACAGACAGCGCAUACGUAGUCGCAGACACACCGAUCCCGCUACGGCCGCCUUCGUUUGUACAUUGUGCAAGCCUCAAAAGGGCUUUGCACGAAACUACAAUUUCAAGCAGCAUAUGGAGACACAUAAUCCCAACCGAGCAAAGCCGCACGUCUGCCGAAUGGAGGGAUGUCAGAAGGCUUUCGUUCGUAAACUCGACCUCGACAGACAUAAUACCAGUGUCCACAAAAAGGAAAGGGGAUUCAAGUGUGACAAGUGUCCUGCUGAUUUUGCACGAAAAGAUACGUGCGGCAGGUAAGUACUCUCAUUUCGCGGGCUGUGUUCAAUAAGUAAUAUCAACCAGGCACACUAGAGAUGGCUGCUCCAAGAGUGCACAGCUGUCCAGCUCGCAGGUGAUGCAAGCACGCUACCGACAGAGUGAGUGUUAUA